AGUUUCAGCACAGAGUACUGAAUCGUAGAUACCAGUGGAGUAAUUUUUUGAAAAUAUUAUAUAUUUGGAAUUCUGGCUGUAAUAGUGAACUAGCAAAGGAGACAUGGAUGUAGUCCAUGGUUAUGGCAUCAGUGCCACCCAGUAUCUCCAAGUCCAUUACAAGGACACACAGGACUGGUUCCUCCUGGUCUCCAUGGCAGCUGACCUGCGGAACACAUUCUUUGUGUUCUUUCCUGUCUGGUUCCAUCUAUGGGAGCCUGUGGGGGUCAAACUGGUCUGGGUGGCAGUAGUGGGAGACUGGCUUAAUAUGAUCUUCAAAUGGAUCCUCUUUGGAGAGCGUCCUUACUGGUGGAUACAGGAGACUGGUUACUAUGGUAACUCAACUGUGCCAUAUAUUGAACAGUUUCCCAUGACCUGUGAGACUGGUCCAGGAAGUCCUUCAGGUCAUGCCAUGGGGGCUGCAGGGGUCUACUAUGCAAUGAUCUCAUCGCUUCUUGCAAUUCUGCUAAGAAAUUAUGGAACCCACAUCAAAAGCUGGUGUGUCCGUGGGCCCCUGUGGAUGGUGUUUUGGUGUGUCCAAGUGUGUGUGUGUGUCUCCAGGGUUUUCAUAGCUGCCCACUUUCCACACCAGGUCAUUGCUGGGGUUUUCAUUGGCAUCAUCGUAGCCCAGGCCUUCAAUCACAUCCAGUGGAUCUACGGAGCAUCUCUGAGACACUACAUCUACACCACAGUCCUACUGCUCUCUGUUGCAUUGGGACUCUAUCUGCUCCUGAGGGGGGCGGGUGUGGACCUGCUCUGGACACUGGACAAGGCCCAGAAUUGGUGCCUCAACCCUGAAUGGGUUCACAUGGACACCACGCCCUUCGCCAGCCUCUUCCGCAACACUGGCACCUUGUUUGGCCUCGGCCUGGGACUGCACUUACCCAGCUGUGCAGAAACCAAGAGAACCGAGGGGGGGGCCACCUACAAACUUGGCUGUUUAAGUGCCACACUGGUGUUGCUACAUCUGCUCGAUUAUUUCCGGCCGCCUGCACAUAGCGUGUUGUUCUAUCUGCUGUCUUUCUGUAAGAGUGCCACUGUACCCCUGGCUACUGUGGGGAUUGUACCCUACUGUGUAGCAGCGGUGUUGGGUCAAAACAAAAAGAAACAGUUAUAAAUCAGACAUGCACUGAGGCCUAGAAAGACCUUCUGAUAGUGAAGGUGGCUCCAAGGACUACCAUUUGGUUGAAGUGUGCA